AUGCGAAAAAAUAUAAGAUUAUCAACAGAUUUGGAUAGAAAAAGGAUUGCCUCAAAUAUCUCAAUAAAAUCAAUAAAUUCUACUACUAUUAACACAAUUAACACGACGACUGAUGGUGCUCUUCCUCGUUUAGAAUCAAAUUACUUCAUAAAAAGUAGAGUUAAAAGAAGUCCGCAUCAAAUUCGAUUCAAACGAUCGCCUAUGAAAAUGUCAUAACCAAAUAAUAUGCUUGAAAGUCAAUCCAUUAAGUAAUCUUCUAAAAUCUUACUCAACUCAGUUGUCUUUGAACUAGAUAAAUUGGCCAUUGCAGCUAAACAUAACUCAAUCAAAAGUCAAGAUAUCCUAAAUCUUUCAAUAGAUUUGAUGAAUAUGUUAGGAUCUGAUUAUGAUCGACUUGAAAUAUAUCUUAUAGUUCUCUAGAAUAAAUGUAAAUCGCAGUGUGUUUCUUUAGGAUUACUGUUUACUUUUCUCAUAGCAAUAAUUCAAGAAACCUAUGGACACAACAGAGGAUCUUUGCAACAAUAUAAAUAUAUGAAUGAUAUGGCAAAUAAACAUUAGCUAUUUUAAUGUAAAAUGAUGGUGUAUUAUAGAAUUGGAUUGCUCUUAAACAGAUUGAGAUAAUUCGAAAAGUUAUUAGUGAUUGGUAAGAAAUUGUUAAAACUAAGUUGGUAUUAUUCGGAACAAGAAUAUGAAUUGAAAGCUUAUUAUUUGAUUUCAAAGGGAUACAAUGGAAUCUAAGAUAUGGAAAUGUCUGUGAUAUUUAUGAACAGAUACCUUGAUGGAAUCCUAUAGUAGAAUGAUCAUAUCAAAAAUAUAGGGGUACAAUAAAUUACGUUGUAUCACCGAAGAACUUAGGAAUCGAGACACAAAAGUCCUUCAUCGGAUGAUUUCAAUUUGGAGAUGUUCAGAUAAAAGAUUGAAAGGAAUUACAUCAAGAUGAAAAUGAUUGGGGGCAAGUUAGCAUUUAAGUUGUAAUCAUCAGAAUGCGAUAUCUGCGCUUAAUAUGGCAAGAAUUGUGAAAGAAUCUAAACUGAAGAUGAACACCCAUACAAAAAGAAUAUGAUUUUGCAUACUGAUAGUAGGAAUAGAGAUUUGAUUGGGUAUUUCGAUUCAGAAUAAAUCUAGUAGAUGUACAUUCCAGCGAAAACACUGCCCAUUCUAAAAUAAUUAAUAUUAAAAUUCAUUUCAUAUAUAUGAAACAAUCAAAUUAAUUAAAUGAUAGUAUGUAUUAAGCUUACUUUCUUGGACACAUGAAUGCAUUAAAGGCGAUUAAGGGUAGGAAGAAUCAAAAAAUGCAAGAAUCCAAGGUUUUAGUUAAAUUAUGUAAUUUAGUUCAUCAUCUAAUUGUAGCACAAUCCGUGAAACUGUACAAACAAAGGGUAAAUCACUUUGAACAAUUGCAAUAUAAAUAGCAACUGGCGAUUUCGAAUCAUAAGAUAUAAUAAACCAUUGAGAAAAUUCAUUAGAGUCCCUCCAUUGACAAGACGAAUGUCUCUUUGCCCAGAUUGAAGAAGAGAAAUCAAGAGGGGGAUGAUAUCAAAAAAGAGAAUGCGAGACUCAAAUUAAAACUUGAGAAUCUGAAGGGAAGCAUCAGUAAUAGACAGUUGAAAUAUGAGAAACCAAAACGAUAUGAAGAUGUAUUAUAAGAAUAUUUUAAAUAAAAAUUAUAACAAUAAUGA